AUGGCUCCUUGGUUGUACACGGCAGGCAGCGCUCUGCUGCUGGCCCUGCAGGCCGCCGCCUGGGACUACUCGACGUACAGCUCUAUGGACUUCCAGCCACCGAAGCUGGACGUCAACAAGACUGGCACCACCGAUCCCGGCUAUAUCUUCAUCGGACCCCGUGGAGGAGUGCAGACCGCUGGUACGGCCGCUCUGAUCUAUGAUGACGCUGGUGACUUGGUGUACGAAGGCCCCGAGGAGAUAUCGGCCAAUUUCAUGGUGCAGAACCUCUUUGGCGAGGAUGUCAUCACCUUCUGGGCCGGAGACAUGAUGGACAUCGGUUACGGCUACGGAACGGUUCACAUCCUCGACAACACCUACAAGGAGAUCUACACGGUCCGCCUGACCGGCAACUUCGUCACGCCCGACGGCUCGACCAAGGACUCAUACUGCGACCUGCACGAGAGCCACAUCACUCCUCGCAACACCCUCAUUUGCACCGCCUACAAUGUCACCCAGCACGACCUGACCUCCAUCAACGGAACCUCCUCCGACUGGAUGCUGGACAGCCAGUUCUACGAGAUCGACAUCCGCACAAACGAUGUCAUCAACUCCUGGAGUGCUCUCGACCACGAGGCAGACAUCCCAAUCACCAGCUCCUACCAGGGCCUCGGCAAAGACGUCGGCAGCACCCAAGACAACCCCUACGACGCCUACCACAUGAACGCCAUUACAACCACCAACCACGGCUACCUCGUCUCCCUGCGCCACAUGUGGUCGGGCUACUACCUUGCGCAGAACGGCAGCGUCAUGUGGCAAGUGAGUGGUGAUGACGGCGCCGACUUCAAGCAGGUUGGUGACGCCGACUUCUCCUGGCAACACGACAUGCGCGUCUACAACGAGACCGACUCCGGUCUCGUGCUGAACCUCUUCAACAACGCCAACACCCCAACAGACGAGCAGUCCGAGACCACAGGAGUCAGCCUGGCCAUCGACCUGUCCAAGAAGACGGUCACCGGCCUCCGUUCUCUGACUGACCCCAACGACCCUGUCCACUCCGUCAGCCAAGGCAGUUACCAGCUCCUCAGUGAGACAGACAGCCAUGUCUUCAUGCAGUAUGGAUCCAUUGCAAAGGUCAAGGAAUUUGACGGCGACGGCAACGUUGUCUUCAGCGCCCAGUUCGGCGAGGAUAAUGCUGUGGCUUCGUACCGUGGCUACCGCUGCCAGUGGGCUGCUACACCAUUCUGGAAUCCUUCUGCGUCUGUCACAAACACCACCUCCGGUGCGACGGUGUAUAUGAGCUGGAAUGGCGCCACUGAGUAUGACAACUGGGUUGUCUAUGCUGCUUCGUCGAACACGUCGACCAACAACACCAAGAUCGCUUCCGCUAAGCGCACUGGAUUCGAAACAAAGGUCGAUCUGAAGAACCCGCCAACCAGCUCUGUUCAGGUCGUCGCUCGCAGGGGCACUGAUGUCCUGGGCACCUCCGAAAUCGUAUAUUUCUAA